GGUCAGCCGACUAGCACUCAUUCCUUUCAGCCAAUCAACUGAACCUGAACGGCGCGUUUCAAUAAUUAAUAUUCAUAAGCCCAUCCCUCACCGUACAAUUUAGACACACCCCCUUAGCCACAAGCAGUCCGUGCGCUUGAUCACGUCUCACAGUAGAUGAAACACCGCAAUAACAUUUUAGAGUGAACUUUCUUUAAAAAAACAAAAACAACAACAACAAAAAACUAUUAUUGAUACCUUUUAUCAAAUAAUGUGCCUGUAUGCUCAUCGGUAUUCAUUUUGCAACAAUUAGGGAUUCAUGCGACUGGCUUUAUUAAAUGGCAUAUAGGACCUGUCAGUUUUUCACAAAAUUAAGAAAAUGAAGCAUGCAAUAAGUAAAUAAAUAAUGAUUCUGUCGUGAUGCCUUAAAUGGAAAGACCAUAUUAAAAUAAUAAAUUACCCAAACUAUCACGCAGUGUAAUCUAGACUACUAUUUAAUUUUUACGACUUUAAUUUUUUUAAACAAUAUAUUGUUUCAUUAACAAUAUGUAGGCUACCCUACUUACAACAAGUGUACAAAAACACGCCAUUGCAUUAAUACCGACAUUACGGAUCGUCUUUUUCCACUACGUCAUCCUCUCUCACGGUUAUCAUGACAACAAGACUCUAAACAUCCGUUCGCGCAUUUUACUUAACAGAAAUGCAAUAGGCUACCAGUUUAUGCCUCUAUUAUUUAUAUUGCCCAGCAGUAACACGUUUAAGAUGUUAGUGUUGUCAAAACUAACAAGUCUCUUUUGUUGUUGUUGCUUUGGCUGUGACUGAAGCAGUCCGGAAUGAAUAGCACUGAAGUCCAUGCAUCAGACUGUACUGAUGCUGAGAAACAGCAUACGAUUACUGACAGCACAAAAAGGAACACGGAGUCUUCGGGCAGACAGCAUGUCAAUGUGUUGUUGGAUCUCAGCGAAGAGGAUUGUUGCAGGGAGCACAGCAUACAUUUGCUUCAGAACCGCACUGGCUGGGAAGACGCUGUUGAAGGUUGGGGGAGAUUUCCUCCUUUUGGUGUAUUUCUUCAACCGCCAAGAAAGGGGAAAAAAAACAAGCAAGACAUCAUAGACUCUCAUUGUCUCCUCUGUGCGGACCUUAAUCUUUCUGAUCUGCCAAUCUACUGCUCUGCUGGAAAUGCAAUGAAAACUUUCAGAAAGACUGCCCCAAACCUUCUAGAUCUUGCAGAGGAAACUGACAGUUCCUCUUCAGAUGAAUUAUACUCUCUCAGCUUAUCUCUGCAAAAUAUGUCAGAACCAUUAAUUAGCAAGUUGCUGUCUGGAGAUGAACAGUAUACACAAAAAUCACCAUCAGUCUUCCAUUACCAUACAGAACCGUGUCAAAUCCUGAAGGAAAAUACAGUUGCUCUUAGCAUCAGAAGCUUUAGUGUGUUGCCGCCUGUCAAAGAGUCCAGAAACCUGAGGAACUACAGUCUUUUUAAAAGAGUGGAGCCAACAGAUUUCCAUCCAGCAGAAGUUGUCACCAAGGCCAUGAUGCCUGAUGCCACUGGAGCUGUCACUGCUGGUGAAAGAUUGAGUGUCGAUGGUGACCCAGGAAAUGUCUUCAAGGCCCUCGCAGACUUUAUUCCAGAAGAGAACGGCUACAGGUUAAAGGGAUCUCCCUGCACAAAGCAUUGGCUGUCCCAGGAAAACAAUCACCUGCCAUCUAUUUUUAACAUAACUUUUCAAAAUAAGAUAUCAAAAUAUGAUUUACCCUCCAGCACUGAGUCAAAUUCAUUACCCCAGGCGUUCUAUGCCCUGGGAAGAAACCUCAGGCAGGAAGAAUUGACAAGGCCUUCUACCAGGAGCAACAUCAGUUAUAGAUUGUAUUCUAGCCACAAAGCAAGAGAUCUGAGAAGACCUGAAGCUCAUCGACUAAUGCUGAUUGGAACGAGAUUUCACAUGCCGAUGUGACUAUUAUUGAUCUUUGAACUCUCUGUACAUUUUUUGCACCAUACUGUUUGGAGUCAAAUAAGCAUUUAGAGACUUAGAACAAAAGCUUCACACUUCAGUUCACUUGAAAAAGUGUGCUACAUGAAGAUGACUACAAAACAUAAAGAGAUAAAGAGAA